AUGACGAUAAUCCAGAAAUCAACUCGCAGAAAGCGGAAUAAGAUGAUCAACAAUCGUUUUCGCUGGAUGUGUCAGAGGAGCAACAAAAGCAAGCAGUUGAUUUUCCGAAAGUACAGGUUGGAGCUGUUGCAUCACAGUCGGAGAGGCACAAGGAGGUCAAAUUAUAUCUUACCUUUGGUUCGCUUCCAGAAGCAGUAUGAUAAAGUAUCAAGCAAGCAACCAAUCCUGAAGAAGAUCAGUCCAAAGGAAGAACAAGUUAGAGUUCAGUCCAUGAGCAAGAGAAGCAAUUUCUUAUCUCUUUCAAUAAGCAAUGCAAAAGUGCCUUGUCAAUCUCGGAUUGAUAAAAGAAAACCAGAAGCUACAGCACCUUUGGCUCGCUUGAAGGAUAAAGCAAGAAGGAUGGUGAAUAAACAUUGGGAAUUUCCGAUAGAUCACUGCAAAAGGAGACCGAGUGCUGCGGUUAGUAGCUGUCAAUUGUUCAACAGGGAAUGUCAGAGCGGUGAAGCACAGGAAGAACACAUCAAAAGAGGUACAAAACAGCUCGGUAAAUUGUUUGACCCAGGUAUCGAGCAAAACUUUGCAUUUACCAAGGAAAGAAAGCCAUGCCAUUUGAUUGCUGAUGAGGAAAUAUCAGAUUCUUGCGAGUUCAGGGAGUGGAAGAUCAAAACCAAAAGCUGGUUAAGAUUAUCAGCAAAUGUCAGCAACAAGUUUUUGCAAGCUUUUAGCAGCAGGAUAGGUCCAAAAUCAAUAAGAGGGAUCACAAGUUUCCUUCAACCAGAAAAAGUAGACAGAUUGGUCAAGGAUAAUCGAUCAGCCUCCCCGCUUAAAACCACUAGCCAUGUCUGA